AUGGCCUCGCUUCGCGGAUCACUGCUGCUGCUAGCAGGCUGCUUGCUCCUGGCUCUCCAAUACUGCUGCGCGAGUCGCAACUACUAUGAUAUUCUCCAGGUGCCGCGAUCGGCCAGCGAGGAUCAGAUCAAGCGCGCGUACCGCAAGCUAGCGCUCAAGUUCCAUCCGGACAAGAACCCGGGAGAUGAGGAAGCAAAGAAGCGGUUCCAGGAGAUCGGCAACGCGUACGAGGUCCUGUCGGACGGCGAGAAGCGGCGGAUCUACGACCAGCAUGGCGAGGAGGGCGUGAAGCAGCACAGCGCGCAGCAAGCCGCUGGGGGUGGCCAGGACAUCUUCUCACAGUUCUUUGGCGGGUUCGGUGGGUUUGGGCAGCAGCAGGAGGAGGAAGAGCAGACUCCCAAGGGAGAUGCAGUCACAGUUGAUUUGGAGGCGUCGCUGGAAGAUCUCUACAAUGGCAGGUCGUUCCAGGUGUGGCGAGACAAGAACGUGGUGCGAUCGGCACCCGGCAAGCGCAAGUGCAACUGCAAGGCGCGCAUGGUGAUGAGGCAAAUCGCCCCGGGCAUGUUCCAGCAGUUCACACAGCAGGAAUGCCAGGAGUGUCCGAACGUCAAGUACGAGCGCGAGGGCAUGCCCAUCGACGUGGACAUUGAGAAGGGCAUGAAGGACGGGCAGGAGAUCACCUUCUAUGAAGAGGGAGAGCCCGUUAUGGAUGGCGAUCCUGGUGACCUCAAGCUUGUGAUCAAGACGCGGCCGCACAAGCAGUUUGAGCGGAGAGGGGACGACCUGCACAUGAACCUCACCAUCUCUCUCGUGGAUGCUCUCGUGGGCUUUAAGCACUCCAUUACCCACCUCGACAAGCACCUGGUGGAAACCGGCACUACUGGUGUCACACGACCAGGGGAGGUGAGAAAAAUAAAGGGCGAGGGCAUGCCGAUUUACGACACCACCAAGAAGGGAGACUUAUAUGUGCAGUUCACUGUAGACUUCCCCAAAUCGCUUACAGAAGACCAGAAGGAAGUGGUUCGGAAGACUUUUGGGGCGUCGGGCAGCACGGGCAGCGGCAAACUACAUGAGGAGUUGUGA